AUGUAUUUUAUUCUUAAACCACAUAAGAAAUGUACACCACUUCGACCAAUAUUGAAUACAAUACACGCUGCAACCAAACAAAUUUCUCAAUUCUUAGAUCGUCUAAUUCGACCUUUAUUUGAUCGAUAUAUACGUCAAACAACGUUUGUGGAUGGUGCUGAUCUUCUUAACCGUCUUCAACAUUAUAUUCAAAAAGGUUAUUUAAAAUCAUCGACACUUUUCAUUACUUUUGAUAUUAAUAAUCUUUAUACCAUGUUACCACAAGAAGAAUCUUUAAAUGUACUUGCUGAAUUUCUUCGUGUACAUAAUUGUGAAAAAGUGAAUGGUCUUUCCAUUGAUACAAUUAUUGAAUUAGCUCGUGUAGUACUUCAAGCAAAUGCUUUUGUUUACAAUAACAAGUUUUAUCGACAAAUUAUUGGUGGUGCUAUGGCUUCUCAUGAAUUAUAUGGCCGAUAUAUUGAUGAUAUUUUCUUUACCUGGAAUGGAUCUGAAGAUGAAGUCAAAGAAUUAUUAGAAGCCUCAAAUUAUUUUCGUCCAAAUAUUAAAUUAGAACAUAAGAUUAGUAAAAGUGUUCCAUUCCUUGAUGUUCUUGUUCAACACAAUCAUGGUACUUUGGUAUCAUCAUUCUAUCAUAAACCUUCGGCUGAACCAACUGUCGUAUCAUUUCUAUCCGAUCAUCCACGACAUGUCUUUCGAAA